AUGAAGUUCUUCUCUGCCGUCAGCAUCGCCGCCGCCGCCUCCACCCUCGCCUCCGCCGCCACCCUCCCGGGGCUCAUGAAGCGACAGGGCAACAUCGACGACCGGCCAACGUGCGGCACCACCGGCGACGCGACGCUCUCCGACUGCCAGUGGCUGCACGACAACUGGCCCGACUUUCCCGACUGGAGCCCGACGUGCCACUACUGGGGCGGGUCUAUCCAGACCGCCUGGCGUCCCGCCUGCCACGGGAACUGCUGCGUCUACGUUGACUGGAACGGCGGCCUCUGGGCAGAUAUCCAGACGGCGGUCGGGCAUCUGCUGGGCUGCGGUGACAAGGGCAAGAACACCGUGAACGGCGUGCUGCAGGUCGUUGACAGCGGCAGGGUCUGUAUCUCCAAUGGCGACGGAUGCGGAGACUGCUUCGAGGAUUGA